GAAGUGAGGGACUUGUGCUCGAGAGGUCGAAAGAGAGGGAGGGAGGGUAUUCUCCUCUUUCCUCUCCGAGGCGAGUGCAAAGGAGAGGGUGAGKAGCUAAGACUUGUUGAUGUGGAAGAUGGGAUGAUCUAUAGACGGAAACAAGAGUCACCCUUCAUCGUUUUUCUCACAGCGYGGGAUUGAUGCCAAAUGCGCUUUUGCGCGGGAAAGGUGUGCCUGUGCAAUGGUGCCUAUAGAUAGCCUAUGUGUUUCCCUGCGGGGUCUCCUAUCCUGUCUUUUCGAUUACGCACCUGAUUGCUGUCUCUCCAACGAACGGUGGGUUUAAUAUGACAUUCCCGACAGCCGUAUUGUCUCCUCCGCAUCCGGCAGCGUAAGUUUAUCUAUUUGUAUGCAGUUGUCACACCGUCCAGACGUCAUCCGCACAGGACCCGGUUAAGCUUAGGUUAGCCUACAUUAUUUUUUUCUCUCUCUCUCCAAUCGGUGUACAAUCGCGUAUGUUGUGUUUGUUUCUCUUUGACCACAAUACCAAUCUACAAUGACAGCCCAGAUGUGAAGGGAAAUGGACUAUACAAAGAGAAGACGUGAAUACGCAUCAUGCAGCCAUGCGGUCGGAUAGGUAUAGCCUAUAUUGCUAUUCAAUAGGCCUAGAUAUAGCCACGUUUGAUAUUUACGUAUUACUUUGAUGUCGUAUUUAUCGUACCGACAUGUAUUGGCUAAUAUUUGACUCUCCGAGAUGAAUGGCCAUUUCAGGAGCAGUGUUGCGUAUUGAAUGGUCAACUUGGCWAAUAUUUCUGCGUAAACGUCGUGUUAUCCUAUGCUGUACCCUGGCGAGUGAGUGCCCCUCGUCCGACGGUGAUAAUCACCCAGAAAAGCGCUUUUGUUUGUUUGUUUGGACGGCUGGCGGAACACACGCGCGCACACACACUCAACACAGCGUGGCCACCGCUGUCCAGCGUGCCGAGUUCUGAAUCCUGCACCGGUCUCCAGGACGAGACGAGAGGASGGAAGGAAGACAAAAGGAGAAGAAGAGACAGGAGUGUGGGAAGGGGAGGCUACAACACACACUGGACAUUUAGCAGGGGAUGGAAGUGAAAAUGUCACCCAAUACAUCGAAAAUCAAUACGCAGAUAUGACUGUUGAGCAAUCUCGUUUGGGGUGAGUUUUUGCCAAGCAAUUUCACCAACUAGACUCCUGAAAAUAUGGAAUGAAAUAAUUUUAUGACAACAGUUUCAUGAUUCUCACGAACCGUACAAUUAACGAUAACGCAAUGUUUCAUAAGCACUAAAAUGUAGUGUCUGUACACUAAAGGCAGUUAUCAAAAAGUAGACUACUAUUUAAAUAUACCUGAUUCAACACCACGAACCGUCUAGCCGCCAAAAUGGGACUGUGACCGUGCUGUGAGCGACUAGAGGCGGUUGUUUAUGUGGUCUGUGCUCCGUGUGCGGACGGAGUGCGGACCGGACCUGAGCAGCAGUGAGACAUUGAGCCAUGGCAGCCGCUAUUGCCAGCGGUCUGAUCCGGAAGAAGAGGGAGGCACGGGAGCAGCAUGUAGACCGACCACCCCCAAACAGGCGGAGGAAGAGCCCCAGUAAGAACAAGGGGCUCUGCAAUGGCAACCUGGUCGACAUCUUCUCCAAAGUGCGUAUCUUCGGCCUGAAGAAGAGGAGACUACGGAGACAAGAUCCCCAGCUCAAGGGUAUAGUGACCAGGUUAUAUUGCAGGCAGGGAUACUACUUGCAAAUGAACCCAGAUGGUUCUCUUGAUGGGACCAAGGAUGACAGCAGUAACUCCUCUUUGUUCAACUUGAUUCCUGUGGGUCUCCGAGUUGUUGCGAUUCAGUCUGUGAAGACAGGGUUAUACAUCUCCAUGAACGGGGAGGGCCAUCUGUACACAUCAGAACUCUUUACGGCAGAAUGCAAGUUCAAAGAGUCUGUGUUUGAGAACUAYUAUGUGAUCUACUCGUCGAUGCUGUACAGGCAACAGGAGUCAGGGAGAGCUUGGUUCCUGGGGCUCAACAAAGAGGGCCAAGCCAUGAAGGGGAAUCGAGUGAAGAAAACAAAACCAGCUGCUCACUUCCUGCCCAAGCCAUUAGAAGUUGCUAUGUACAGAGAGCCAUCGUUGCAUGAUGUAGGAGAGACCAAAGCGCCCAAAACAGCCGUCCUUCCCAGUAAAAGCACAACCGAGCCCCCAGUGAUGAACGGAGGCAAACCAGUCAGCAAGCCAACUACUACUACUGCUACUGCUGCUAAGCCCCCCACAUAGCCACAAUUCACCUGGUGUGUGUGUGUGUGUGUGUGUGU